AUGUCUGCAAACGAUUGUCUCAAUUGUGCGAAACAGUCGGAAGUGAUCGCCGAUCAGAAGAAGAAGAUGGCGUUGAUUGAGGUCCGACUCAAGGAUCUGGUGAUGGCCUACAAGAAGGUGUGCUCCGAAAGAGACAAUCUUCUGGCCAUCGGUUCCGCAGCUGUUCUGCCGUUAAAUGAUUUACACGAACAGCAGAAGAGGUUGUCGUCACUCGAGGCCAGUGUCUCAGAUAUGGCCGCCAUUUGUGGCAAAUACGAGUCACAGAGCGUUAAAGACAAGCAACUGAUCCACGAGUUGACACAAAAGUGCGAACAAUUGUCCACCGAUUUGUCCAAAUCUCACGAAACCAAUGAUACAAACGUUUCGCACAAACGGUCGACGAUAUGUGAGAAGACUUUCAGACAAAGAGGUAUACAAACGGACGAGUGGUUGGAAGCGACGGACGAGAGAGCGGAUCCAGUGAUGGACAAAGAGGUGAAACACACGGAAACACAAACAGAUGUGGUCUCAGAGUUUGAUGUGUUUAACGGCAGUAAUCGAAAGAGAACCGAAUUAGCGGUCGUUUUGCCCACACUUUCCGAAACACAACCAAAAGAAUGCGAAUCAGAUUUGGAUCAGUUGUCCGACAGAGAGACGAGUCCAGUGCAUAGCGUGGCGUCUAAUGGUUUAGACAAUUAUCCUGUGUUUGAGACGAACGGCAGGGAAAUGUGUGUCCAAAGCAGUGGUGACCUGUUCUCCGGGGCCAACACUAGCGGAGUGUCGCUCUUCUACGCCAACGAAUUGGCCCGAAAAGAGAUAGAUUUGGCGGAGACUCGCAUUCAGGCGCGCGAACACGAGUGCGCUCUCAGGGAACUGCUCUGGAAAUACAAUACUGAGAAAUACAAAUCCCAAACCCGUAUCAAUGAUUUGGAGAGAAAUCUGUCGCAAAUGUCUUCAAACCAACCGUUGAGUCAAUUGAAUGUGACUUAUAUUCGCAAUGUUUUGAUGAAACUCUUGAACACUAAAGACAAACAACAAAAACAGUUUAUGAUUAACGCUAUUCUCACAGCUUUGGAGCAAAAGGAUCGCAAACCUAAAUGACUUUCAAAUGCUUUUAUUAAUUCAAAACUAAUUGUAAAGUAAUUAACAAAUAAUUAUGUCAAACAAUAGCCAAAUCACGGG